AGGAUCGAGGGAUUGUAGAAAUUCCUCCACGUAAGAAACAAAUAGUCUUCAAUAGUCCGUAGAUCUCGUUGGUUGCUUUUUCCAUAUCCUACAUCAAAAAAAUGACGGCGAGCUACCCGACAGCAACUGCAUGGUCCGCCCGAGAUAUCGCAAAAUCCGGCUUUGUGGCUGGAUGUGCGUAUCUUCUGGGCAUGCUAUCGGUAGAGUUCGCGGUCGACAGAGCACCGAAAACUUUAAAGGGACUUCAGCAGCAUUUUUACUGCGUGUUGCUGGAUGAUGCGGUGGCAGCACCUGGCCUGCUUCGGAUCUGGAUCCCUGUAGCAGUGACUGGGAUGGCGCUCUUAUAUCUCACAUACGCCGACGCCUGUUCUUCUUCGGCCGAUAUGUCUUCAGCAUCGUCCUCUUCUACAGGAACAACCAAACGAGAAAACAAAUCAGCUAGCAGAAAAAGUAGUGAAAGUAGUCCUUCCAUGCGCGAAAGAACACCAAAAAAGAGGUCCUCAUCCGCAGCGCCUUCGUCGACAGCAAAAGGAACUUCGUCAUUGAGGUUUUCAAUAUCCGCGACGAACGCAAUCCAGGAAUUUUCCCUCCAAAAGACCUGGAGGAAUCUGGCGUGCAUUGCGAUUUUCAGUCUGCCGGGCCUCAACAAUAAGGCGAUUCUCACGCCGUAUCUAUUUGAAUGUUUACUUUCCAAGAUUUGCCUACUGGCACGCAUGUCUCUGUUUACAAUUUAAAGAUAAGGCUACGCAUUUCUUUUGAGGAGAGGGACACUUCGAUCCCUUCUAACUACCGGCUAGCGGUUUCCUUAGACACCGCACACAGAUUUUGCGCCACGGGAUCCGAUCUGUCUGCUGAGGAGGUUGCAGAGCAGAUGUACAUUAGUCAUGCUAUCCUUUUCCUCUGUAUUGGUCUGGCCCUCGUGCUGCAACUGCUCAUAUGACUUCGCGCGGAAGUAGGAAGGAACUGCUUACACGACACGCGGAAGUAGGAAGCAACUACAUACACGCGGAAGUAAUACGGAAUUCACACGUGGUCGUGUGGAACACGGGCAAGUGGUUAAACGAAUAAUUCGCUGCAUCACCAGUCUGCUGCCGGGGAUCAUGGCCCCCCGAGCUCUGACAACUUCCACCGCGACUUCCUGAGAUCAGCGCUUGUCCCGUUGCGUCAUUCGAUAGUACAUCGAGGAGGACAACAGCUGGGCGCUUGUCCCGUUGCGUCAUUCGAUAAUAAUAAGCAUCAACAGGCUUGAUCCGCUCAUAUUGCAUACAGGAAGACGACUGCGGGGUCUUUUGUGUCGAAAUAGAUGUAUCCAACCGCCUUCGCCGAACGAGAGCAGAGCUCGGAAUUGACCACGCUGUUUGAAUGUCUUUCCAGAACCUGUUGUGGUGUUUCAGUACAAACUGUCAUGGAAUGCUACAUCGAAUUCUUGUUGUCGAAAAGUAUAUUAACCUGGACCGUCAGAUGAAGAAGCCGGUGGAAAAAGUUCCGCUACUACAGAAU